UGCCUUUGUAGUUGACACAACAUGAGUUGAGCCCAAAAUAUUGGGCUUUAGGGCUUGAAAUCCAAUAAUUUUGUCCACGUUUUGUUCUGAAAAAAAAACUACUAAAAAAAAAGCAAGAAAUAGGGAAGACGAAAGCAGUUCUCAAAAAGAAAGGGCUUCUUCUUCAAAUUUUUAGAGUUUUUAAAGGAAAAAAAAAUGGGUGGUUUAGAACAACGUUUUCCCGUUCCUUAUAAGAGUCUCUCAUUGGACAUCAAGGGGAACACCACAGAUUUUGUCAUUUGCCGUUAUGAAGAUCAUUUUCUUGUUAUGGCUACUCAGAUAGGAACUAUGGGAACAAUACUGCAUGCAAGAAAGGAGGAAGGGGUUACAGUUCAGCCUACUUUCAAUGUGUCCGUAAUAUUCGGCAAACGAGAUGAGCCGAUGCUACUGGCAAUUACCCGUCAGCUAAUUGAACACAUAAGUUGCAAAUAUUCAUUAAAGGAACAUAUGAAGGCAAACAAAGUUCCUCAGGCUCCUCUAUGCCUUUAGUUCUUUCUCUUGGUCUUAAAGACCAUAGCAUGGAGACACUGAAGGGCAUUGUUUCUGCUGUGAUGGAGAACCGUCUCUGGUAAUGCAAUGAUGCUAAAAUUUCACAGCUUUUGCUGCCUGGAUGUUUGAGAAGGGAAAUUGAAAGCGGCAAAACCAUCAAAAUGCCAUCCAAACAAACUGUGUUUUGAUCUAUGAUUAUCAAUAUCAAUUGUACCAUAGGAAUGGUAAGCAUCGUUAUGCCCACAGUAGUUUCAUUUUAUGUUCAAAUUGUUAAUCAGGAAUUGACAGUGAAAGUGCUGAAACAUUGACAAAGAACCAGACAAGUUUUCUUGCUCUAAAA